AUGGCGACCCCUGAUGUUUUGCAAUUGGAACAAGAUUUCCUCUUGUGGCAAUCCCUCUUUGAUGCUCCCAAAGGAGAAAAUGUGAAAUCCAGAGGUACUGAUAUCGAGAGAAAGAUUGAGUUCCUGGAGAGCUUGACUGGAAGGGUUAGCAACCGAAGAUCUCGGAGAUGGUUGAAUGAUCGUCUGUUAAUGGAGCUCGUUCCUCGUCUAAAUGCACAAGAAAUCAGAGGCUUGUUUGCACCUCCGCCUUGGGGUGAUGACGUGCCAUUGUCUCCAUUUUGCAUGACAAAUACGGGAGAUUGGGAUAAAUUUAGAUCUGUGGACAUGGAUAAAGAGAAAAUAAUGAUAAAAUCAUUUGAGGGUUCGUCAAUGAAACGGAAGAAUGGUGUUGAUGCUGAUAAGGUUGCUGUACUUUCUGCUUGGCACAGAGUUGAUUGUAGAACUAGGGAAGCUAUUCGUCGCAACUUUCUUCCAGAACUGAUAAGUGGAUAUGAGGAGUGCAUACGGGAGUUUAUCAAGGGGAGUGGAAACGGUGAUGUUCUUGAACUAAGUGUUCAAGAUCCUUUCCGUCGGUUGGUGCUGCAUGGGGUUUGUGAGUUCUAUAACUUGGUGUCAGUAACACUGACUCAAAUGAAAGGCACAGAGAUGUUGAAAAUGACUAGGAUAAAGAAGAAAAAGGCAGGUGAUGCUGGGAUUCCGAACAUCACUCUUUGCAAUUUUCUCAAAAUGGCUAAAGAAGGGAUUUGGUGA